AGCAGCUGACCUUACAACAAAGCUGCACACUGCUCAGAGGAGAGUGAGGUGAAAGGAUAGGAGAGGUGACAGCUCUUAGUGAGUUAGUAGCGUGUGACUAACUCUCACCGACAAAGUCUGUGUGACAGGAGCAGUGGGAGGACAAGACACUCACUGCAGAGCAAAAGAAAGGAUAAAACAGUCAAGCCAGCAGAGGACUGCAGCUGAAACUAAGCAUUUUGCAACCAAGGAACACAAGGGGCAGUUACCAAAGGAGGUAAACUUUACAACAGUAAAUUUAUAGAAGCACAACGCUGGAGAGAGCACCAUGUGAAAAGCUCAUCUUUGCCAAGACUCCCAAAAGAUCGCAGCGGUGUCAGCAGUGCAGUUUGGUUUAACCAUUUUUAGGGCCUAUUUGCAGAAAGAGGAAUGCCUCUCUUCAGCUGGAUGAAAUGGUCGCAUCAAACAAGAGCACAGACUCAAUCUCUAAACAGAACGGAGGUUGUACCCGGCCAGAUGUUGCUCACAGAGCUCCUGUGGCACAUAGAGGAACGAGACCGUCUGGUGAGACAACUGGAGGGGGAGAACGGGCCGGCCCACAGCGCCCUGGGUCUCCGCUGGUCUCAGAAAUACCCCAGACUACGAACCCUCAUCUCAUCACCAGAGCUACACCAGCUGGAGUUCCUCUGUUCCCAGGUUUCACCUCUCCACACAGCCACAGUCGUCUCCAGGUUCCGUGAAGUGCUCGCCACUAACGACGUACGGCCCUGGGAGCUGGCGUCCGUCUUCAAGCACAUCCUGAUAGGCUUCCUCAACCAAAGAGAGUACACUGAAGAAAACAGCCCAUCAAUGGAGGUGUGGAGCAGCGAACGCAGGAAGCAGGGCUUUGUUGCUCCCAUAAUGCCUGAGGGUAGAGGUCAUCAAAGGGAAGAGAUACCUACAAUCUCUGCAUACGUGGAUCGCACCAUGCGGCACUCCGGUUCAUUCCCACACAGCAGGGUCUGGGAUCUUCCAUAUUACUACCCCGGGCCUCUAAGACCCAAAGGAGAAAGUACAACACUGUGAGAAGAUCCAUCCUUUUCUAGUUUUGACUCCCACAUUAGUAAACAGUGCCACAUCCUCAGUGUGGAGACCGACUUGCAUUAAUAACAUUAGUUGUUACCAAAGUGUGAAAACAUCCUGUAAUAUGCUGAGGAUGAAUUCUGUGAAGUACAUUCCUCACCAAACGACUAUUUUAUGUGUAAAUUUUAUAACAUAAGAAAUGUAAAAACAUCUAAAAUGUAGAACCAUUUUCCUCUAAACAUUUUUCAAUCUCCCAUGACUCCCUUUGGUGAUCCAACACACCAAAAUAAACUAUUUCAAAAACAUUUUUUCAGUCAGUGUAGCUGCUUUGUAACCCUUUUUUACAUUUCAUGUCAACAUUUUAUUGAGUUCAUAGAUUUUAAAUUAAAAAGAUAAAUUUAAU